AUGAGUGAUUCUGACGAUACAGAUAUUUUGCUGUUAAUACCACCCGAUUAUUAUUUGGCUAAUGCAGAGGAAAAACUAAUAAAAGAAGAUCUGGAAGCUUUAAAAAGGAGACAAUACGCAAGCCUUCAAGAACUUAAUAUUUUGGAAAAUAAAUCACGGCCGAAAAUAUCAAGAGAUUUGACGAGUCAUUUUGAAGCAAUGGAUUUAGGAAAUGGUAAAGAAGAUGAUGCCUUAUCAAUGCCGCCUCCAUCAACUAGUGCGGCAUAUCAAUUUCUACCGCCCACUAGAAAAGCCGAACUUAAUAACAUAAAUGCAAAAUUACACUAUUUGGAACAGGGGGAAAUGGCUUAUGCGGAUAAUCCUUCAGAUAUAUCGAGUAUUUCAACAAAUACUGUGAAAACACAGUUCGGCCCUUCUAAACACAACAGAGAACAAGUGGGUAUGGUCCAUUCAACGCCUAAAUGUAUGGACGUCCCAUAUAAACAAAAUAUACCUUCAAAGAAGUCAAGUGGUGUUUGUGAAUAUAAGGAUGAUGGCGUUCUUUUGGAAAUUGAUAAUUUCUUGUCAAACGAUCGUCUACCCACAACAAAUAGUGAUAACUAUUGGCAACAAAGGCAUAGUGAUGACUAUCGUGCAAGAAUACAAAAGCAACAGCCAAACAUGGUGGAAGAACAGCACCAAACACAAGGUAACUCCUUGCCAACAACUAUGCAUACGGGGUCCGUAGAAAAAUUUCCAACUUACGAUAACCAUAUAUCGAAAACGGAAAAUAAUCUCAUAAGUCUAAGUGAAAUUUGGGGAAAAAGUGGUCAAUCUACAGCCAUUGCAACAUCAUCCCAAUCGAAUUUAAAGGAGGAGCAACUGAGAAGACAACAUUUGGAAAAGACAGUUCGGCAACUACAGGCAAGAUUAUUAGAAUAUCAGCAGAGGUUGUCGGUAGCCAUCGAAGUUGAUCGUACAAAGGAUAAUGCUUUGAGUAAUGCACAAAUGGAAAACAGAAGCCUCACACAAGAGUUGCAGCAAGUCCGACAAAAUCUUCAGUCCUAUGAACAACAACGGAAGCAAUAUGAUGAAAAAAUGGAAGCACUACAAAAGGAACUUGCACAAGCUGUUAGUUUGGCAACAAAAUUUCAGGAGAAAAAUGAAAGAUUGGAAAUCGAAAUAACAAAUUAUUCAAGGAAAACGAGCGAAUCUUCAUCUCAAUAUAAACAAAAAAUGGAAGAGUUAGAAAUACAAGUUCAUGCAUGUAAAAGAUCUGAGGAAAUGUCUCUUAAUGAAUUGCAAAAGCUGAGGGAUAAGUAUGCCAAGUCCGAACAUUUGUAUGAAAAGAUAAAACUAAGAUGUGAUGAACUUGAAAAGGAAAACUCUACAUUAAGACAUCAAAAGGAAAUGUUGCAAGAAUAUCAUCAAAAACAAAAAUCAAGGGCCGAUAAUUUGGAAAAUCAAAGAAAAUCACUACAAGAAUCCUUGGCUCAUUUAACGGAGAAUGAGUGUACCCUGAAGAAAAAAUUAGAUCUACAACAAAAAUCUCUGAAAUCGCAUUACCAACAACAACUGGAAAAUGUAGUUUCACAAAAGCUAAAAGAAUUUCAAGAGCAAUUAGAUAAAACCGAAGAAAAUCUAAGAACAGAAGCUCGUGAACGUGAACGUUUAAUAGCCGAACGUGCUGUUAAACAAUUAGAAUUGAUAAAUGAGAAAAAUGAAUUGGAAUUGAAAUUGUUGCAAGAAAAACAAAAGGAGGAAGUAGAAUUGUAUCGAAUACAAUUGGCGAAUGCCACGAAAAAAAUUGAAGAUCUAGAACUUAAAUUGAGUUUGUAUAAAUCUAAAAGAGCUGAUAUUGCUGAAAAACUGCACAAUGUAAUGGAAACACAGUGGCAAAAGGCAUUAGAAAUAUUGACUUCACCGAAUCUAACUCGUUUAACUCAACUCGAUACAACGGACAAUGAGUCACCCUAUGGCAAUGAAACGCAUAACAAUGCUAUUUUAUUACAAAAUCAUCAGCACAACUAUGAGACACCCAAAACAAGUAAAAAAGAAAAUAAUCUUAAUGUACCAAAGAAUACGUCUCCACCUAUGGAUAAAUUACAAGCAUACAUUGAAUUGCUACUCUCCAAAUCUCCAAGUGAUUUUGAUAAGCUUGAUGAAAUUUUAGCUCUAACAUCUAAAAGUAAGCAAUCUAAGGAGAAAUUGGAAAAGAAUGCAAAACGUUAUUGUCAAUCCCGUCAACCGCCAUGGAAGUCAUAG